CAACCCGUCGCGCUGUCGGAUGCCUCUUCCUGCUUGUGCAUGGCGGUGUUCUGUGCUGCGUAGCUGAACGCAAGAGAUUGUUAUAUCACCACUCAGUGGCACAGAAGGUUAUUAUUCGAGGAAAGCAGAAAUCUGUAUGCAGAUCACCAGACGGUUGUGCAGAGGUUGGAUUAUUCACAUCUGGAACUCAUUUCUCUGGCUGUCUCCAUUAGCAAAUGCAGCAUUUUAUUGUUUGGAGCUGCACAUCAACCUGCACUGAACAAAGGCGAACAAAGAACAACUUAUUCACCAGCAGUACACAGGACUACCCCCUGAGCAAAACUAAGGAAAGUUUAUUGUUUUUAAAUGCAGUUACGCAAGCUGAACUGGAAAGUUAAUCAACUUUAUAACGAAAACAAUGUCCGAUACGAAAGGCUGGCCUGAAAGGAAAUAUCACUGAUGAUCCAGUUAAAUCUGUCCUUAUGGCUGUUUUAAAGAGAAGUGAUCCAGUUAAAUCUGUACUUAUGGCUGUUUUGAAGAGAAUAAACCAGAUUCUUCUGUUUCUGCUUGUGUUGACAUUUUUUGCAAUAUGGUACAGUACAGUAUACAAGGUAUCCAGACACAAAGAAGAUGAAGAUGCAGAUGAAGAAAUGGAGGAAGAUGUCAUUCCAGUUGUUAUAUGUGCUGCCAGAAGUCGCAUGGGGGCAACUAUAGCUGCAAUUAACAGCAUCUACAGUAACACUGAAGCCAAUGUGCUGUUCUAUAUAGUUGGUCUGAAAAAUUCAAUAGUGCACAUAAGGAAGUGGAUUGAGGGCACUCCAUUAAAUAAAAUUCAUUUUAAAAUAGUGGAAUUCAAUCCAUUGGUGCUUAAAGGCAAAGUAAGACCUGAUGCAGCUUUUCCUGAGCUUCUCCAGCCUUUGAACUUCGUUCGUUUUUACUUACCACUCCUCAUCCAGGAACAUGAGAAGGUGAUUUAUCUGGAUGAUGAUGUCAUUGUACAAGGGGACAUCCAGGAGCUUUAUGAAACAAAAAUAUCUAGAGGUCACGCGGCUGCAUUUUCUGAAGAUUGUGAUCCACGUACAACACAGGAAAUAGUGCACAAAGAAGGCAUACAGAACACAUAUAUGGGUUUUCUCGACUACAGAAAAAAAGCCAUUCAGAAUCUUCACAUCAGUCCAAGCACCUGCUCGUUCAACCCAGGAGUGUUUGUGGCCAAUUUGACAGAGUGGCGAGAGCAACAUAUUACCAAGCAGCUGGAAAAAUGGAUGAAGAAAAAUGUAGAAGAAAAUCUCUAUAGCAGCAACAUUGGUGGUGGUGUGGCAACUCCUCCCAUGCUCAUUGUGUUUCAUGAAAAAUACUCACCUAUUACCCCAUACUGGCACAUUCGAUAUCUGGGUUGGAGUCCUGAUAGCCCCAUCCCUGAGAGCGUUCUUCGGGAAGCAAAGCUGCUCCAUUGGAAUGGAAGAUACAAGCCUUGGCAACAUGCCCACUCCCAUGCCAAACUGUGGGACAAAUGGUUUAUCCCUGAUCCUACCAGGAAGUUCCAGAUACACAAGCUCUAACACCAUUUUGCAAAACAGAAAGAUGAAUUCUGUAAAUAAAUUAGAAUUUCAGACACCUGUAAUAUAUUUUCCAACUAAUUGAUUCUCUUUCAGCAUGCAUGAACCACAGUAGGUUGGGAACAGCUAGAACUCAAAAUGCCAGCAUAUUGCUGCCUGAAGAUAAAGGCCAGUCCUACAUUUCCUUUAUCAUGGUUUGAUGUGUUUCUACCAAGCACAACAACAAAAAAGUGACCAAAAAAAAAAAGAACAUAAGUGCCUAUACCUUUUCUUCUCUAUAAAGCUGACCAUACCAAAUAUGUUCAAGCAGUUUUACCAUUUUCAGUCGUAUUUCCUGACCAUAUGGGCAUGUAUGGAGGUCUGUUUAGGUUAAAAAUUUUGCCAUUCUGGUGGAUCAAAGAUUAGUGAUACUGAUAGAAAUUAGUUGUCCGACCGCCUCAUAUAAAUGCAUUGGCUCUCUUAUGGAGGUCAGCCUGCGUAUGGCUACCUCAGGAUAUAUAGUUGUGCAUAAUGAAUAUUCAAGCUGAAAGAGCCAAUGUCUAUUGUACUGUACUGAUUAUAGGUAUCAUAUCCUCUCAGUAUAUCAGUUUACAACAACCCUUAGAAUUCAUUACUGCAAACCUUAUGCUUUGCACUGAAAAGGUUAAACGUUCAUUGUGUGUGUCCUUUAUUACACAGUUCUCAAGAUAUACAAUAAUAAGUAGCUGGGGCGAUUCUGUACUUGGAGCUGCCCUGAGGUGGCUCCUGUGAUGCCGCCCCCCUCACUCUUUCCUUUCCUGCACCAGAGAGGGGUCAGGUAAUAUCACUUUCUGCACUAGAAGAGCUGAAUUUCCAGGUUUGGUGCUGCUGCCUGACAAGUAGGGAUGUACCGAAACCACUAUUUUUGGAUUUGGCCAAUCUUUCAUAAAGGAUUCAGCUGAAUCCUGAUCUUCAUUUGCUUAUGUAAAAUGGGUAAAGAAAGGUUAAAAAAUGCAAUUUCCUUGUUCAUGUGACAAUUUUACAUGUUUUUAAGGCUUCGGAUAUAUGAAUAGGCUUUGGAUUGGGCUCUACCAGGCACUUGGAUUCGGCUGAAUCCUGCUCAAAAUGGUUAAAGGGGACCUUGUUCAUGUGACAAUUUUACAUGUUUUUAAGGCUUCGGAUAUAUGAAUAGGCUUCGGAUUGGGCUCUACCAGGCACUUGGAUUCGGCUGAAUCCUGCUCAAAAUGGUUAAAGGGGACCUGUCACCCGAAAAAAUAAUUCCAAACUAUUUUCUAUCAUGUUAAUUGAGCAAAAUAAACGUUACUCACACUAUAUAUCUUAUUUAAAUUUUGUUUCCUUCAGUCUUGGAAUUCACAAUCAUAGUAAGCAGGCAGGUGCCAUUUUGUGCAAGUCAAGUUGUAUUUCACCCUAAAAUGUUGUUUAUGCACCAGAAUGGGGAACCUAAUGGCCAUGCAUGAUACCCUACACAGUUAUAGAGCGUGAGGAGGGAGGGGGAAUGUAAGGAGUGCAGUGACAUCUAGGAAGUAGUGAAUGGAAAGUGAAAUUAAGCAACCGCCACGCCUCUAUGCCUGAGGCAGGCA